CCAGGAUGCUUUGAGGCGCGGCGGCGGCAGCAGCUGUGUGUGCUCCGGCUUGCCCGCAGCAAAGUGAAUAUAACACGCCAAACAAGGUACAAUGCGAGAGCGUUCACUUUUACAUUUCUCUGUGGAGUAGCAGCGCUAUGGCUGUCGAAGCUGUUCACUGCAACCUGAGCCAGAAUGGCAUUGACCACCAGAUGUGCCCGGAGGACAUGAAGUCACAGCCGGAGGAAGAGGAGGAGUCGGUGGACGCAGGGCCUCUGCUGCUUGACGACGACAGCCCGAGCUACCAGGACGUCAGCCCCCUCAUGUACCAGCGCCGCGCGCCGCCACAGCGCUCCGUCUCCGAGUCUGAGCUGUCACGGCCAGGAUAUGUGAAGCUGUCUAAGCCGGUGGCCCUGUGGACCCAGCAGGACGUGUGCAAAUGGCUGAAGAAACACUGUCCCAACCAGCACCAGAUCUACAGCGACUCCUUCAAACAGCACGAUAUCACAGGGCGAGCUCUGAUGAGAUUGACAGACAGAAAGCUGGAAAGAAUGGGCAUCAUGCAGGAAGCCCAGAGGCAGCACAUCCUGCAGCAGGUCCUGCAGCUCCGCGUCCGCGAGGAAGUCCGGACCCUUCAACUCCUCACACAAGCUUCUCUGGAGUGCACUCCAUCUUCACCAUAAACUGACAGAGGACGACUACCCAGUCAAAAAAAGAGAACAAGGACAUCCACCGCCUUGGCCCCAGAACGUCUGCCCAAUAUGUGAUCGCCAGACUUCAUCCAGGGACAAUCUCAGCUCUCUAUCACCUUGUCUUCAUCUUUAUCCGAUCUGGGGAAAAAAACUCUUCUUCCAAGCCACUCCUGAGAAGCUUCCACAAGUUCUGACUCGCAGUCCAAAUACUCCUUACAGCUUCCUGGAAUCUGACCAAUAGUUUCCAUUGCAGGCGUCCCGUCUCCAUUCAUUUCUGACCUUUCCAGAAAGAGCUUCACGAGCCUUCUCACGCUAUAACUCCCACACUCCUCUCAGAAUCACUCCCUUUUCCUCAAGAUACACUCAGCCAAGCCCUUCCAACAACAAUUCAGACCCAAGAUUUAACAUUUGCUUUGACUGGCUUUCCUUAAAGCCUUGUUACACGAGAUAAUCUCUGCAAUCCACUCCUACAUGCAAACUUAGUCUAUCUACUGUUCGUGUUAUCUUAGGUCCUUCAUUGUACCUAAGUGUGUAUUUCCUCCCAUGAGUACUAUUUGUGCUGAGCUUCUGCCUUACUGAGAACUUUCAGUAGUUGCAACUUAAUGACUAUACACAACAAUACUCCUCUCCAUCCCUAAUUCUUCCUCUUCAUCUCUUGUCGACCCACAAUUGUAAACGGGUGACCAAUUAAUACAACCAUUGUGUGUUUUUGUGCACUCAUUCUGUGCAUAGGUUCUGUAAAAGAUGUCCUGGUGAAGUAUCCGUAUUGCUGCCCACUUUUUUCCUUCUAUAUAUAUUGUGGAUCACUUAGGGUAGACAUUAUCCCUGAGAGAAACUUCACUGUGAAAACAAACAGUUGGGGAAUAAACACUGAACCUGGCAUCACAUUAGGUACGGUUAAGUUGGCUCCUCAGAAAUGCACGCCAUUGUUGUGAAAAGCAAUCUGAAGGAGAUGAAGCAAAAAAUGGGAUGAACUGAAGGAAAUUCCAUUGGUGUCCCUAAAAGCACUGUGUUAGUAGGUAAACCGGGAGAAAGGGAGUGGCUGAAAGGAGAAAAAAGAAACAGGCACAGUUGAAGGGCUUCGAAAUGUUUCGACUUGAAACUCUGUACUGCUAAUGAAGAGAGAAAGAGAAGAAAGACACAUCACAGAUAACAAAAGAAGAAGCUUUUUCAUAUCCUCCCCUCUGUUUGCUGACUCUUUUAUUGCUUUGUCUGCUUUCCAUCUUACAGCUAGAACUAUUUUUAGAUGAGAUGUAUUGAAAAUAGUCUAGAAAGGAGACGUGCUGUGCGCAAAAGCUCAUCAUAAAAAUGUUGUCUGUCAGUCUAUUAGAAAAAUACAAUGUAUUCUAUUUAUCUCUGUUGAAAAACUCCAAAUCUUUGCUGUCAAUGUGAAUAAUGGCCACUCACUGUUGAUAUUAUUGGUAUUUUAACUGCACUUAAAAGCACAUGUGUCUCUCGCCAUACAAAACAGCUGUUACCCGGACCAUCAUCAAUUUAUUUUAUAUGACUGUAAAUACAUAUAAUCCUGAAGCCGUUAUAACGACCUCUCAAUAUUUGAUGUUGAAAUGUGAUAAUCAUCAAAAGCACACAUCCACGCCGGUGUAGCAUGAGUUGUUGUCAUGGUUACAACAUAUUUUCUCUUCCUGGAUGGGAGCUGUCAAUCAGUGUAGCAAAAAUAGCUGCUGCGGUUGGAGCCAGGAGGAACAAAGGGGGUCAGCAACAGCCCCCAAGAGCCAUUGGGUUGUAAUGGUAUUCCAUUUGUACACUGGCCCCUCUGUGUCAUUGUUUGGAUAGCAGCUGUAGCCUAAUGCAGCAAGGACCCGUGAGCAGAUUGAAUGGUAUUGAUCAGUUCUUCGGACAUGCAUUUGAUCCUCCAGGAUUACAAAAGUGUGUGUGUGUGUGUGUGUGUGUGUGUGUGUGUGUGUGUGUGUGUGUG